AUGUCCUUCUUUCAAAGUCUGCUGCUGCACACAGAGACUUUUGAUAGUGAUCAAUGGCUUCAAUUCCAAAUGGAGGUUCUACAGGUCAUUUCUAACAUUAAGAAUCAAAAGUACGCAGCUCUUCAAGGCUACACUACACAACGCGCUCCCCAGUUUCAGCAGCAGAGUCAAUCAAUGCCAUACCAUUACCAACCACAAACCUUUCCACAGUCACCUCAACAAUGUUUCACAACUCCUAAGAAUAAUUCGUCCAACUCACGCCAGCCACAUUUCCAACUUAACGACCCACCAUCGCUUCCGUCAGUUUCUUCUCAACAUGCACUACCUACUCAACCACUCCAACCAAGGCAAAAUCACCCACCUUUAACAACUUCAUAUUCGUAUCCCCAACAACCUCCACCUUUUGAUCCAAAAUCGACUUCCUCACUUUCUCAAAAUGACCUGUCUACUCCUCGAUACCAACCAAGGCAAAAAAAUCACAAAACUUUCAUAACUCUGAUUCCGUCUCGCCCACAACCUCCAGCUUCACCAACACCGACACCCUCACCUUCUCCUCAAAAUGACCUGCCCACAUCACCAGCCCCAUCAAUGUACGACAAAGGAGUUACAGCAGCUGACCACUACGAAAACUUUUCUGACUUCCUUGAGGAAGACGACUGUGCAAGAAGUUCAUCAGUGGUUUCCCAAAAUUCUAGCAUAAUGGACUCCAACUUCUAA